UUUAUAAUCAAGCUCCAUCAUACAUCAGUGAUCUGAUUGUUCCAUAUGUCCCUAACUGAGCACUUCGCUCUCAGACUGCAGGUCUACUGGUGGUUCCCAGAAUAUCUAAAAUUAGGAUGGGAGGCAGAUCUUUUAGUUAUCAGGCUCCUCUCCUGUGGAACCAGCUCCCAGCUUUAUAGCUCUUUUCCAUCGCCUGGUCUGGGACGGUCAGGUCUGGGUAUUAUGGACCGGUAUGUACCGGUAUGGGUCUAGAAGUUUUCUGGCAAGCGUUUCUAUCACAUUCCAGGCUCCAGUAACUAGGCGGGGUAGCGUAAUGCGUCACGCGCGAUGUGUGCCUUAACGUCACACAGCGCGACGAGAUCGCGCCAAAACACAACAACAAUGGAGUCCAGUCACCAGCGCGUUCUUUCUGUUCUUGGUGUUUGGUAUAUUCUUUACACCCACAUCACGAUAGCGUUUAGAGCUAUGCUGUGCGCAUCGAGGAGGAGGGCAGCUGAAAGGCGACGACGCUUUCUGAAAUUAAUAUCGGACACGAGGCAUAACUUUCUACUGUUGAGACAAAGACGGAGGCGCCAGGUGGUAAGUAACUUCUAAUGCUGUAAUACAUGUCGUUAUAAUCUCUGAAGGGGUGUGUAGGGCAACUAUCAAAAAACAAAAACAAAAAAAAAGCACCAAAAUCAAAUGGUUUGGUUGUAUAUUGGUCAUUUAAGACAUGCUAAACAUGAAAGGCCAACACCUAACUAAGUUUCAAACAGCUUCUGCACUCAUGGUGAUGCUAGUCAACAGGAGGGCCUGAAUCCUUCACUCUUUACUUCCUGGGCAUGUCAUAGAUAAGUUGUGCAGCUGUACUGAAAGUAUUAUAAUUAAUUAUAUAGGUAAUUACAAGCAAUACCACAUUUGUGCAUUUUAUAAAGUGAACAAAACAUAACCAGUCACUGGUAGUGCCAUAAAGAACAGCUGUUAUUUUAACCUUAAAGGCCCCGUGUGUGAAAUUCACAGAAAUCAUAGUAAAAAGAUCCGACUCUUUAGCACCACGCAGUUUAGAGUCGGUAUUGCAGCUAUUGGAGCCCCCAAGGAUCAAAAAGGUUUUUUUUUAAUCAUUAUUUAAAACUUUAUUAACAAAUAUAACAAAUACAAUACAAAAUCGUGUUGCUGUAAACGGCAGCAUGUCAUCAUCUAAUUCCAGCUUUCAAGUCAGCGAACAGGUUAGUUGUUUUCAUCUAACUUAUUUUAUUAAUUUAAUCUAAAUAGGUUUUGAAUAAGAAAAACUUUUUAAUGUCAGUUAUGUUUGCUAAUAGCAAACGGCAGCUAGUUAGUGAUGACUUCUGACUACAAAAAAUGACAAUAUUUUGUUCAUUUUAUUAGAGAAAUGUUAUAUUUCUAUUUGCCAUUUUGGAAAUAUACAAGGUAGUGUAGUCUGUAAUUGUUUUCUCUCCGUAAACAGAGUCAGAUAUCAUCCGAUGGUUCAUCAGUGAAGACAGACAGAGGACGAGGGAGAGGAAGAGGGCGAGGAAGAGGGAGAGGAAGAGGGAGAGGACAGACGUGUGCCAGCGCACAGAGAGGCAGAGGUGUUAGAUAUGCGACAGAAGCAGGGCAAGCAUCCCAAGAUGAAGGAGCCGAAUUUGCUCAAACCAGCCGCAACGUUCCACGCACAAGAGGAAGAGGCAGAGCUGCAAUAAAGUCUAGAAGAUCGGCGCUUUCAAGCGCUUUCAAACUAUCCCGUUUCUCAAGUUUGCUUGUAGAAUAUGUGUGAUCCUCCAUCGCUAGAAGUACGGUGUGGCUAGUUUCUUCUUCUUCUUAGUUACUUUGUCAGACUGCAUGCUUACAAGGCGCACUUCUGUCCCCUGCUGUUUCUUUGAGGUUACAUCAUUUAAAAACGCAAACAUCAAAUGCGAAGCUUAAUAUGUUGUAUGUCCCUAAAAGGUCACUGUAUUUUAAGAUGGCGCAUGCCUUAUGGAGCACCGUUGGCUCUUUUGAAUCAGCGACGGCAACCAACUGUGUGGGCCUUCAGCCGUGCCAGCGCCUUCUGGGAUGUGACCAUGCCAAACUUCACUCCGUCAGAUUGGAUAGCUCAUUUCAGAAUGUCAGAAGAGACCUUUUCAUAUCUUUGUUCCAAGCUCCGUCCAGCCAUGCAGAAGAGGAACACCAACUUCAGAGCCUGCGUGCCACUCAGGAAAAGAGUUGCAAUUGCACUGUGGAAGCUUGCAACUAACAGUGAAUACAGGAGCAUCGGGCUUCUUUUUGGUGUCAGCACGACCUCUGUGUGCCGCUGUGUGCAGGACUUCUGUAAGGCUGUCUGUAAACUCUUGCUUGCCGAGGUUAUUGCUUUUCCAACUCUGCAAAAGCUACAGGAAAUGGCUGACUAUUUUGAGACCAGGUGGGGGGUUCCUCAGUGUGUGGGUGCCAUCGAUGGUUCCCAUAUCCCAAUAAUCGCACCACAGGGAUUCCACACAGACUACUUCAAUAGGAAAGGUUGGCAUUCCAUAAUCCUCCAGGGCAUUGUGGAUGGCAGAGGCAUGUUCUGGAAUGUUAAUGCAGGUCAGCCAGGUAGCUUGCAUGAUGCCCGUGUGCUGCGAUUGUCCACAUUUUGGGACUUGGUUGCUCAUGGACAACUGCACCCAACUAGUACCAAGAACAUUGAGGGAGUAAAUGUAGGCUUUUAUGUGCUCGGGGACUCUGCCUAUCCUCUGCAGAACUGGCUCCUAAAACCAUUUUCUGACAACGGUCGUCUCACUGCUGAACAACAGGCGUACAACAGGAAAACGUCCACAGCCAGAGUUGUGGUCGAAAAUGCAUUUGGGAGGCUAAAGGGUAGGUGGCGAUGUCUUCUGAAGAGAAACGACAGUGAUGUAGAGCUUCUUAAACACAUGGUGCUGACCUGUUGUGUGCUUCACAAUAUCUGUGAGAGCCAUGGGGAGGAAUAUACAGAAUGUGACGCACCUGCUGAUGAACCAGUGGUUGCAAAUAUGCAGGAAGUUGCAGAGGAGGGCAGUGAUGUGCGUGAAGCUCUGAUGCGACACUUCACCCGCUGACCUCAGUUUGUGUUUUUUCUUUCCAUUUACUUUGUUUAUUGUUUUGACACUUUUAACUGUUCGAAGCCUGUAGUUUGAACUGAAAUGUUUGUUUUAUUUUCAGAACUUAAUAAAGUACACUAUUUUACUGUUAACGAA